AUGGCUUCGAAAAGAAAGGCCGAGAGUUGGACCGAGGAGGUAUUUUGUUCCAUCUGCCUGGAUUUCUUCACCGUUCCGGUUAUUCUGGAGUGUGGACACAACUUCUGUCGCUCUUGUAUCACACAGUGUUGGGAAAGGGAGCAGAGAAACUCCUGCCCGGAAUGUAGAGAGGUGAUUGCUGACCGCACCCUCAGGGUGAAUCGGGCCUUAGCAAAUCUGGCUGAAAAAGCUCGAAAUCUAAACCUGAAUCGGAAAGGGAAGGAAAGUAAACUUCACUGCGAGGAACAUGAGGAAGAACUGAAGCUGUUUUGUGAAACGGACAAGACACUGAUCUGUGUGAUCUGUGCAGUUGCGCAGAAACACAGAGAACACCGCUUCGUGACGAUUAAAGAAGCUGUUAAAAUCUACAAGGAUCAGCUAAAAUCUUCCUUAGACUCUCUCACAAAAAAGAAAUCAGACUUCCAGGAAAAGGAGCAGCAACAGAAAGAGAAGAUUUCCGGAGUUCGGGAACAGUCACACAGCCUUCAGUCCCACAUCACAUCCCAGUUUGCUGACCUGCACCAGAUUAUCACUGAGAAAGAGCAGAGCUUACUCAGGGAUCUCAGGGAAGAAGAGAAGAGGAUUCUUAACACAAUGGAGCAAAAUUUUCUUAAGAUUCAAGAGAAUAUAAGGUUUAUUCAGGAGGAAAUCACUAAGUUAAAGGAACAGAUGGAUCGUAAAGACGGUGUGAUAUUUCUGAAGGAGGAAGCUCGUCGGAACAGAAGAAUCAGUUACGAUCUCCAGGAAUUGUCAGUGACAGAUGAGGCCCUACCGGUUGAAAAAUUCGAUCACCUCUAUUUGUUGAACACAGUGUUGAGAGAAACGCUUGAUGCUAUUAAUCGAGUCUCUGUCACCCUGGAUGUGGAAACGGCGAAUCCGUGUCUCGAGGUGUCUGAGGAUCGGAAGAGUGUGAGAUGUACCGGGACCCGCAGGAAUCUCCCUGACACCGGGAAGAGAUUCACAUACUGGGCUUGUGUGCUGGGAUCGGAGGGAUUCACAUCGGGGAGACAUUACUGGGAGGUGGAGGUGACGGGGAAUCGGGUCUGGUGUCUGGGAGUCGCCGCAGAGUCUGUGGAGAGGAAGGGAUGGUUCAGUCUGAGUCCGGAGACCGGAUUCUGGGUCAUCGGGCGGAAUGGUGACGUGUUACAUCGGGAUUAUGACGUGUUCCGUGUUCUCCCCUCCCCCGAGUCCCGUCUCGCUGCCGGUCCCAUCCCCGGGAGGGUGGGAGUUUAUCUCAGUUACGAGUCCGGGACAGUUUCAUUUUACAACGCGGAGACCAAGUCCCAUCUCCACACCUUCACUGGGAAUCAAUUCACCGGGAAACUUUAUCCUCUCUUCCGGACUCGGGAUGGAAAACAGUGCCUGAGAAUCUGCUCCGGUUCCGCUCCGGGUCUGUAAACGGGUCGGGUCCCGGGACCGGCGUCAGGAGUAAAGUCCCUGUAAAUAUAAAUGUGCGGAGAGUGCAGCUAAAUACGUGGCUAAGGAGAUUGUGCAGGAGGGAGGGCCUCGGCGCCCACAAGGACGGGUGUGAUUCCCCUUCGUGCCUCGGUGGGUCUGUUUCGGCUACGUCUGUGGUGGCUGACGAAACAUGCUUUGACAGGGAGCGAGCGAGGAUCAAUGACUACAACUCCCAGAAGGCCCCACUGAUGACGUUGUGAUGUUGUUUAGGGGUAAGGUAUAAAAGCAAAAUGGAGGAAAAUGUAAUGCAUUACGUUUUCUCUACUGUGUCGUGCCUUCAAAGAGAGAUUCCAGCGAGCAAUAGAUAGAACACAGAACAAUACAUCACAGUACAGGCCCUUCGGCCCACGAUGUUGUGCCGACCCUUAAACUCUGCCUCCCUAAGCUUAAAUUCCUCCAGUUACCUGUCUAGUAGACUCUUAAACUUCACUAGUGUGUCUGCCUCCACCACUGACUCGGGCAGUGCAUUCCACGCACCAACCACUCUCCGAGUAUAAAAUCUUCCUCUCAUAUCCCCUUGAACUUCCCUCCCCUUACCUUAAAGCCGUGUCCUCUUGUAUUGAGCAGUGGUGCCCUGGGGAAGAGGCGCUGGCUAUUAAUUCCCCUUAAUAUCAACUAUACCUCUAUCAUUUCUCCUCUCAUCCUCCUUCUCUCCAGAGAGUAAAGCCCUAGCUCCAUUAAUCUCUGAUCAUAAUCUAUACUCUCUGAACCAGACAGCAUUCUGGUAAAUCUCCUCUGUACCCUUUCCAGUGCAUCCACAACCUUCUUAUAGUGAGGUGAUCAGAACUGGACAGAGUACUCCAAGUGUGGCCCAACCUGCGUUUUACAGAGCUGCAUCAUUACAUAGCGACUCUUAAACUCUAUCCCUCGACAUGAAAGUUAACACCCCAUAAGCUUUUUUAUCUACUCUGCCUACCUGUGAGGCAACUUUCAGGGAUCUGUGGACAUGUAGCCCCAGAUCCCUCUGCUCUUCCACACUUCCAAGUAUCCUGCCAUUUACUUUGUACUCUGCCUUGGAGUGUGUUCUUCCAAAGUGUACCAUCUCAUACUUCUCCAGGUUGAACUCUAUCUGCCACUUCUCAGCCCACUCCUGCAUCCUAUCAAUGUCUCUCUGCAAUCCUUGACAAUCCUCUGAACUAUCCACAACACCACCAACCGUUGUGUCUUCUGCAAACUUGCUAACCCAUCCUUCUACCCCCACACUCAGGUCGUUAAUAAAAAUCACGAAAAGUAGGGAUCCCAGAAUUGAUCCUUGUGGGACACUAUUAGUCACAACCCUUCAAUCCGAAUGUAAACCCUCCACCACAACUCUGCUUUCUGCAGGCAAGCCAAUUCUGAAUCCACCUGGUCAAACAUCCCUGGUUCCAAUGCCUUCUGACUUUAUGAAUAAGCUAUGUCGAUCACAUCCACUGCACUACCCUCAUCUAUAUGCCUGGUAACCUCUUAAAAGAACUCUAUCUUAAAAGACUGUCCCUACUUCCCUUUUUGAACAAUGGGACAACAUUCGCCAACCUCCAAUCCUCCUGUAACAUUCCCAUGGACAAUGAGGACAUAAUGAUCCUAGCCAGAGGCUCAGCAAUCUAAUUCCUCGCCUCGGAUCCAGAACUGGAAUGUGGCACAGCGAGAAGAUGAAGAGAUUCAUUUCUGCAGGUCAAAUUUGAACACAGAAUAUAAUAUUAAUGGGAAGACUCUUGGCUGUGUGGAGUGUCAGAGAUCUUGGGGUCCGAGUCCAUGCGACACUCAAAGCUGCCGUGGAGGUUGGCAGUAUUGUUAGGAAGGGUUCUGGUGUGAUGGUCUUCAUCAACCGAGGGAUUGAGUUCAAGAGCUGUGAGGUGAUGUUGAAGCUAUAUUUCUCCUAACCUGUACAUAAGUAAUUGUACCCCAACACGGCAGGGCUGUGGGCUUAGUUGGACUCCACUUGGGAGUCCUGUGUUCAGUUCUGGUGGCCUCACUACAGGAAGGAUGUGGGUACUAUAGAGAGUGUAGCGUAGAUUCACAAGGAUGUUGCUCUUGGAUUGGAGAGCAUGCCUUAUGAGAAUCGAUUGAGUGAACUUGGCCUUUCCUUCUUGGAGCGACGGAGGAUGAGAGGUGACCUGAUAGAGGUGUAUAAGAUGAUGAGAGGCUUUGACCAUGUGGAUAGCCAGAGGCAUUUUCCUAGGCUUGAAGUAACUAACACGAUGGGACGUAGUUUUAAGCUGCUUGGAAGUCGGUACCGAGGGAAAGUCAGGGGUAAGUUCCUUACUCAGAGAGUGGUGGAUGCAUGGAAUGGGCUGCUGGCAAUGGUGGUGGAGAUGGAUACAAUAGGAUAUUUUAAGAGAUUCUUAGAUAGGUUCAUGGAGCUUAGAAACUUAGAGGGAUAUACGAUCAGGAAAUCCAAGGCAGUCUCUAGAGUAGGUUACAUGGUCGGUACAACAUUGUGGGCUGAAGAGCCUGUAAUGUGCUGUAGAUUUCUGUGUUCUGUGUCAAAGACAGGCAGAGGGAUUAGUUGAAAUGGACUGGAGGACGGUAUGGAAAGGUUGGGCCGAAGGGCCUGUGUUAGUGCCGUAAGGGAGGGGUUCUGUCCCAACCAUCGACUCUGUUCCCCUCAACAGAUGCUGCCUGACUUGACAACGUUCUUGAAAAGUUGUAUUCAGUUCCGCUUAGCAUUCUGUACAAAGGAUGUUUUGUGCUGGAAGAGUGCAGAGGAGAUUCAUCAUGAUUGAGGGGGCUUGUGUUCAUAAGUCCAUAAGGCAUAGGAACAGAAUUAGGCCAUUCAGCACAUUGAGUCAGCCAACUUUCCAUCAUGGCUGAUCCCAGAUCGCACUCAAUUCCAGAUAUCUGACCUCCCGCCAUAUCCUUUAAUACCCUGACCGAUCAGGAAACGAUCAAAUUCUGACUUGAAUAUACCCACACACUCGGCCUCUACCGCAGUCUGUGGCAGAGCAUUCCACAGAUCCAAUACACCUUGGCUAAUAAAAAAAAAGCUGCUUACCUCUGUUUGAAAAGGUGGCCCCUCAACUUUGUGGCUGUGCCCCACCACAGGAAAUACCUUCUCCACAUCCACCUUAUCCAGUCCUUUCAACAUUCGGUAGGUUUCAAUGAGAUGCCCCGCAUUUUUCUGAGUUCCAGUGAGCACAGGGUCAAAGCUGCCAAGUGCUCCUCAUAUUUUAACCCCUUCAUUCCCGAAAUCAUCUUUCUGAACCUCCUCUGGACUCUCUCCAAUGACAACACAUCCUGUCUGAGAUGUGGGGCCCAACACUGUUGACAAUACUCCAAGUGUGGCCUGAAUGAGAUUAGACAUUGUUGAUCUACAGGGGAAUUCAUAACUCCCAGAUAGUGAUUCCAUUGUCAGGCAGUUACGUGGCAGUUGUAUAAAUCUCUAGUUUAACCACAUCUGGAGAAUUGCAUUCGAAUACAGGAAUAAUGCGGAGGUUUUGGAUGGUGAGUGGAAGAUGCUUAACAGGAUGCUGCCUGGAUAAAGUGAGACUGGACAAUCUCGGGGAAUUUUUUCCGGAGUGGCAGAAGCUGAGGGAAGUCUGACAGACGUUUACAGGAAUGUGAGAGACACAGACAGAGUGGACAGCCGGGAUUUUUUCUCUAAGGAGGAAAUGUCCAAUGCCAGUGGGCAUGCACUUCAGGAGAAAGUGGGAACACAUCCUCAUUGGUCCUUUUUGCACUAUUGAAUAAUUUUGUGAUUUAGUGUAAUUUUGUCUUUUCUCUGCAUAGCUGCUGUUGAAAAAA